AUGCUUCGACAGGCGCCACCUUCGUACUACAUCAUUCCCGGCGGAAGCCAAAUGACACUUCCGUUGAUGAGAUGGACAUUUCGAGGGUUUUCGAUCGCGCUGUGGACGAAGCUGCCAUUGUCUCAAGAGGGCAAGAAAAUCCGCCUCUUCAAAUUCUACAGCACGAGCAAAUGCCAGGGCGUGGAAUGCCUGAUCACCCCGCUCAGUAACGACAGAGUCACGCUGACGAUGUCAUCCAUCACGGACGAAAAAGGUUGGCGCCACGUGAGCUCGCAGUUUCAAUGGGCUCCCGAUUCGUGGCACUUUGUCGUCCUCUGCCAUCGCCAGCACUACCUCAAGAAAAGUCACGUUGUGUGCUUCGUCGACGGAGUCCGUGUUAUGAAUGAAGACCUGUCCUUUCCGGCCGUCAUGGGGCCCAUGGUUCAAUGUCUCGUCGGCGGCACCGACAUCAACAGUGUCAUGGGCGACUCGCACAUUUCGAGCAUGACCAUGUACGAAGACGAGCUCCAUGCCGACGCCAUCGCGACGCUGUAUCGGUACGGCCCAACACAAACGUGUCUUCGGCGCAUUCCCACGGGUGUCAGCCCGUUCCAGCACUCGAUCGUAACCACAGACACUCUAUGCCCGCUCACAACCGUGGAAAAAUCCGCACUGUCCCACCAAAACAGUCAACUGAAGGUCGUGUUCUCGGUCAGCGCCGACGACGCCUACCUUCCCAACGACACGACCGCCGGCCGUCUCUGCGUGCAGUGGACCAGCGAGGGCGAGUUCGACGAUACCGGCUGGACUCGGCUGAAAAUGGACGCCGCAGACGUCGAGUUCCUUCCUCAACGGCAGAUCCUUCUCGACGACGCGGUCACAAUCGUGACGCAGCCGAAUCGGUCGGACGAUUGGUUUCACCAUGGCGGGAUUCUGUCGAUCCCCGUGUUGCUCGAUCGCUUCCUCGAUGCCAACGCGAUGACGCAGACGUUGCUCACGGACGCUCUACACGUCAUGCAAGAACUCUUGCGCACGAGCGUCGCCCAUCAAGAAGACAUGCUCCACGGGUACGGCUUCCACGUCGUCAGCCACGUCCUACGCGCCCACGAGUCCCAGAUGCGCGACCUCUUGACCCCGAGCAUCGCGACCACGUGCGUCGAGCUCGUGCUGAACCUGUGGCCGUCGAGUGAAACGCACCAGUCGAUGCCGCUGUUUGCGGCGGGCGUCCACGGCCUCCUGCUCGACUUUCAUUUGUGGACCCUGGCUCCGUACAAGACGCAGAGCCUCCUGAUCCAGCAGAUCCUGGUCUUUGUGACCCAACAUCCUCGUAGUUUGGACGUUGCGAUCCAGGCCCAGCACAUUGUCGACAUCUUGCGAACGUUUUACGGCCAUCGCGUCCUGUCGGACCCGUCGUCGGCAUGGAUCGCGGAAUGCGUGGCGUCGCUCGUCCUCGUGCUCAAUCGGUCGCUCGCCGCCGUCGACGAGAAGCAAGUGCUUCAGGUUGGUCAAGACGGAGGGUCCAACGCCCCUCCCGUUCGGGUCCCGUUUCGCCUGGUCCAGGACCUUCGCACGAUCUGCCGACUCCUGGUCAUCUCGACCGACAACGCGCUGGUCACCCGAGCGAUCCUGAACAACCUGUGCGAAACCUUCGAGGCCGACGCGGCGAAGCGGGUGUCAUGUGUCGCGGCUAACGUCGUUGAAGUGUUGAUGCUUUUGAUGGGACCCAAACACGGUUGGGACGUCCGCUUGAUUGCCAUGCGCCUCUUCGUGAUGUUGUACGAAUGGAUGGAAUCCGACGCGGGCCGUGCCGCGUUCCACGCGCUCGAGCGACAGUACCAGUCGGAGGCGGUCGCAGACCCGAAGCUCUGGAACGAACUCGCACACGACAGUGUGUUCAACAUGGGGCUGCAGCACUCGAUUGCCCUGAAUGACGUGACAAACCGGGCGAUCGAAAUGCCGCUCUCGGACCAAACGCCGUCGCCACCGUCGUCUGCAUCGACACCAGCGAGAAAGGAAACAAAGGAUUGUGGCAAGCCUCCCCCGUCGUGGUGGAAAUUGUCGUCGUCGAAUCGACUCGUGCUGACGUUUUCCGAUCGCCUCCUCGUCCUUCGCUCGAUUGCGUUGCGUCAGUUCCAGAUCGGCGUUUCCGACUCUGCGACGGACCUGCAGGUCGCCGUCAGUGCCGCGGUCCCGUCGCUCAUCGCGCUUCCCUUGCGUGGCAUCCUUCCAUUCGUGUCGGUGUUGUUUUCAAAUGCGGCCAUCACCCCACGCGAUCGCGACAAGGUCCUGAUGGAAAUCAGCGUCGUUGUCAAAACGGACAACGGCGUCCAGAUGCAGCUCUUGGACGAGCCGUGGGUCGUCUGGUUUGGCGACUUGCUCGCGUCUUGCGCCACUCAAGCCACGGGCGAAGACCUUGUCCUGGACACCAUCAUCACGCUCAUGUGCCGUGCGCUGUACAAUCCCCACGGAUACCUGUGCCUCGACAAACUCUUUGCCAAGUUUCCGAGUCUGCCGUGGCGGCGCCGCGUCCUCGCGCUGAUCUUUAUUCGGACAGCGCGAAACAAAGCGAUGCUGUCGAGGUCCAUGGCGGAAAACCUGUAUCGGUUGCUCAUGGCCGCAACGUUUCUGCUGAUCCAAGACAGUCACGAACAAGCAGAGGUCCUCAUGUCGGCAUGCUUGGACAUCACCGAGUUGCUCUUGGAAAGCACACACAACAAACAUCGCGCGGGCGUGAUCCCGGGCCUGCGACUUUGUCGCCUUUACCUGGCACACAUGCCACCCCCCCUGCCCCACCGGAUGCUCCAGUUGCUCGCGACCGGGUUGCAGCAAGAAGUGAGCCACCGCAUGCCGAUUGACGAAAGCAUUCAAACCCAAGAUAUGCUCCGCCGCGUCCUCAGCAGUUUGGCCCUCGCCCGCACCGUCAAUCCAGCCGUCGACUGCAGUGAACUCGUCCUCCGCAUCGCUACGUGCGGCUUGUUUGACAAGAUGGACGAGCUGUCCGUGGAGCGACUGGGUGCGAUGGACGCAGCGUCCGCCGUCGACCACGUCUUCAGCAUCCUCGUCGACGAGCCCGAGUGUUUGCAUUUUGAUGAAAUCGUCGACUGGACGCUGUGGAUGCCCAAGUGGUUUCCCGUCUCUGCAUUGUCAACUCCGUCUCCCGACCAUGGGAUGAAGAGCGCCGUGGUCGACGCUGCGUCGCAAGUUGAAGAAAAGCGUCUCUGGGAGACGGUGAAAGAAAUAUCCAAAAAGGAGACGGACCGCAUGGCAUGUCAUGACGUCGGAGUCGAUCGGCGGCGCCAGUGGACCGCGCGCAACUGGGACUACCAACGGUACAAAGUACUGACGGAGCAGAUCGCAUGGGACACGACUGGCAGGUGCUGCUGCAUCUACCCCAGCACUUUCUUAUCGUCCAACCACCCUCGCCACGAAUACCAAUUGACUCGUCAUGAAAUGCCACAUCCGUCGCGGCGGCGCCACCGCAUCGACGUGUACUUCAAGCCAACGAUGUCCUCGCCCGCCCAACCUGUCGCUGUCAUUUCGCGAGACGAGCUUGAAAAAGUGGGUCGUGCGAUCGCAAAGCAGGGCGGUGCGGUUCUUGAUCAAAGCACGGCGCCGGCAGAGGACGCGACCGAGUUCGACUCGACGCUCCAACCCACAUCGCCCCGAUCGAUCGAUGACGACGACGACGAUGAUGCUGACAAAGUGUCGAUGCCGGCUCCAUCGCACGUGUUCGCAUUUCUCCAUCCGUCCAGCGGCUGCGGCGUCCAGCCCAACGAUCGCGUGUACUUGCAACCGUUGGUUCGAAAGGUCGUCCCGGAGGGGCUCGUCCUGGGCACGUUGUCCAUUUGUGAUCACGCGGCCGUGUUUGAGCCCCAGAUUGCUUCGACAUCAAAAGAUGAUGUCGAGUUGGCCGCGGGCCUCCAGCUCACGUAUCGAUGGACGUGGAAGGAUGUCGUCGCGGUCUACUUGCGGCGCUUUCGGCUGCGAGAGUCUGCGAUCGAGAUCUUUCUCCACAACGGCAUGGCCCAUUUCCUCGACUUCCACGUCCCGGACGUGCCGUCCUCCGUGGCCGUCCGCGACGAGACCGUGCGCAUGAUCCUGGCCAUGUGUCCCCGCACCACGAUCAAGCAGUGGCCGAGGAUGUCCCCCGGUCGUAUUGUGGGGAAUCUGACGAAAGCAUGGCAGAUGCGCGUCAUGAGCAACUACGACUACCUCAUGGCGCUCAACACCGUGUCCGGUCGAUCUUUCAACGACUUGACUCAGUAUCCUGUGUUUCCGUGGGUGCUGUCGAACUACACAAGCGACCACUUGGACUUGGCAGAUCCUGCCAACUACCGACCGCUGAACCAGCCCAUGGGCGCUCUGAACCCCGAUCGGUUGGCCGAGUAUUGGGAGCGAUACCACAGCUUUGAUGACCCGGUGAUUCCAAAAUUCUUGUACGGAUCGCACUACUCGACGGCAGCGGGGUCGGUUUUGUACUACCUCAUGCGGCUGCAGCCGUUCUCGUCCUUGCACAAGUUGACGCAGGGCGGAUCGUUUGACCUGCCUGACCGCCUGUUCAACUCGGUCGGCGACGUCUGGACGAUGUGCAACUCGAGCAUGUCGGAAGUCAAGGAACUCACGCCGGAAUGGUUCAGCACCCCGUCGUUUCUGCGCAACGUGCACGGGUUUGACUUUGGCACGCGGCAAGACGGCGUGCGCGUCGGGGACGUCGAGCUGCCUCCAUGGGCACACAAUGACCCCGAAGAAUUCAUUCGAGUCCACCGCGCCGCGCUCGAAAGCGACUUUGUCUCGGCCCAUCUCCACGAAUGGAUCGACCUCAUUUUCGGGUACCAGCAACGAGGCCCGGACGCGUUGGCAGCAAACAACGUUUUCUACUACCUGACGUACUCGGGCCUCGUCGAUCUCGACUCGAUCGACGACCCACACCUCCGCCAUGCCAUGGAGCAGCAGAUUGCCCAUUUUGGCCAGUGCCCACAGCAGCUCUUUCGCGACCCCCACCCGCCACGCGGCAGCUCGUCGCGGUCCGUGCAAGAGUACCCUCCCCAUUUGACGACGUCGCUGAGCGGGCACGCCAGCGUAGUCACGGUCAAGGUGCUGAGCGACCGCGUCUUGGCGGUGAAUUCGCUCGGCGGGAUUGAAUUGCACCACUGGAAACUUGAAAAAGACGGAGACAAGUGGGUCUUCCAAGUCGAGCGCGCCACGAGUCCCGUUGACGUUGUGCCGCGAGUGCCAGUCUACGCAACGUGUGUCUUUCCAGUGUGCAUGUCGUCGCAAGGCCGCGUGUGCGUGAGUGGCGGCGCUCCGACUGGCACCAUUCACCUCCGCCUCAUCGAUCUCGACAACGGCCGCGUGUUGGCUCGAGCGAGCGCCGACGGCCACACUGGCAUGGUUACGUGCAUUGCCAUGGACAUUCUCGGUGAAGACGAGUUCUUUCUCUCUGGCUCCACAGACUGCUCCGUGAUGCUGUGGCAGCUCUCCCACAUGAACAGCCCGUUCCGCCCGCCGCGGGUGUCGUCCUGCCCCCUCGUGGCAUUUCGAGGUCACAAGCGCCGCAUUGCGUCGUGCGCGCUCAGCAUUCCACUCGGAAUCGCCGUCAGUGCCUCCGACACGAUGUGCUUGGUGCACAACGUGCACACGGGAGCGGUCUCGUUUGGAUUCCAAAGCCCGCCGUGCGCAGUGUUUCAAUCGGUCGCGAUCUCGUCCAAGGGCUACGUCGUCGCAUGUGCUACGGUCCAUGAAAAAAUCCGCUGUGCCGCUCCUCACACUCGUGCACGGUAGAUCAGCGACACGAGCGUUGUCCUGGUGUACAACCUGAUGGGGUCUUGCGUCCGCCAGCACUCGAUGGAGGUGUGUGGGUCGCUCCAAAUUUCCCGAGACGGGUCGUUGGUCACGGCAAGCCUUCCACGGAGUCUGCGGUGCUUCCGCCUCGACGAGUAAGUGCGCCUCGACUCGGUCGCACGCUCGACGGCAUUGUUUAGUUUUACCGUCGCGGCCGAAUAUUCCAACCCCAAGGGCCACAUGCACGCGAUCUCGUGCUCGGAGAUCGGUCCAUUCGAAGCCGACAUGCUCGCUGUAACUGGCCACGUGGACGGCAGCGUCGUAUGGCAUGUCCUGCCGGACGCCGACGGUCAGCUGUCGCUGCUCGAGUCGGUCGGGCGCUUUCUCAACUUGAAUUCCAAGCUCAAGGUCGUCAAGGGCACUGUCCAGCAAGCCCAGAAACUAGCCAUGUCGACGAUCGACAACGCCCAGGCCGUGUCCAACACAGCCAAGGACAUUGCAGACGAAGCCAAGUCGAUGAUGCACACGAUCUUUGGCCUCUUCAAGUAGAGAAUUGCGUCAUGACAGACUUUGUGUAUUGAACUUGACGUGUAUGCU